AAAAAAGGUAAGAAAUAUGACCAAAAUGAAAAGGAAAAUAUUACUUUUGGUUAAUUACAUAACGCUUAUCUUGUACUUUUCGUCAACCUCGAGGUUUAAUUAAAAUUUCGAAGGUUAGUCGAAGGAAUUACGGAUCUAGAGAGAUCUUUUCCCUGAAAAAGAGACAUAUUUAUCUCUCAGAUUGAACUUCGAUAAACCCAUCCCCCCCCACAAACGACGACUCAUCCUUUUUUUUUUAGAGUACUGAUCGAUGGCGAGAGUUGCGGUUUUGGUUGCAGGGGCGGUGCUGGCUUUUCUGCUGGCGGCGACGAAUGUGACGGCGAAGAGGUGGACGGUGGGUGAUAACAAGUUCUGGAAUCCUAAUAUCAACUAUACCAUUUGGGCUCAGGACAAACAUUUCUACCUCGACGAUUGGCUCUAUUUUGUAUAUGAGAGAAACCAAUACAACGUUAUAGAAGUGAACGAGACGAACUACAUAAGCUGCAAUCCCAAUAACCCGAUCGCAAAUUGGAGUCGUGGAGCUGGAAGGGACUUGGUUCAUCUCAAUGUGACAAGGCAUUACUAUCUGAUUAGUGGUAAUGGUGGUGGAUGUUACGGAGGUAUGAAGCUCGCUGUUUUAGUUGAGAAACCGCCUCCUCCACCAGCUGCAGCACCUAACAAGAACAGUGCAAGAAGAACCUUCUCGGUCUCCGGUUUUGCCUAUCAGUUUCUUAUUCCAGUAGCUGUUUUCGCAGCAGUUGGGACACGGUACUGAGGUUGUGGUAACAAUCUUUAAAGAGAAAACGAUUGUUAUCGGUGAAAUCCGAUUCGAUUGAUAUCUUCGCAAAGUGAAGCUCUUUUGUAGUUUUAGUGUUACUCUUUUAUUAUGUUGGGUUCUUGGAUCUUUCUCUAGUCAUUCUACACUCGGGUGUGUGUGUGUGUCUUUGGAGAUUGUUCAUGCUUUUGCUUUUGUUCAGGGGGGGAAUCAUUUGUCGAAAUAAACAAUUGUAAUAUAAUUUGUUUGAACAAUCUUUAAAAACUUUUUUGGGCCUAUGUAUUGGGCUUCGAUUUUUUUUGUAGUUGUAAUUUGUUUGUUCAUGCUUUUGCUUUUGUUAGGGGGAAAAAUCAUGUGUUGAA